AUGAUCAACCAGUUCCUCAUCGUGUAUAUUGACGAUAUAUUGAUCUACUCUCACUCCCUUGCAGAAUACGUACAGCAUGUGCAACAGGUCCUCCAAUGGUUACAGGACCAUCAUCUUUAUGUCAAGGCUGAGAAGAGUGCCUUUCACGUUACUACGGUAACCUUCCUAGGGUUCGAACUGACACCAGGAUUGGUCAACAUGGAUGAAGACAAAGACAUGGCCGUGCUUAACUGGCCCAAACAUACCACCAUAAAGGAACUACAACUUUUCCUAGGAUUCUCCAACUACUACUGCUGGUUCAUCCAAAACUGCAGCAGCACAACCGCUCCUCUCUCUGCUCUCACCAGUCAAAUAAACUGGUACCUCCAAUGGACCGACACCGCCCUUACUGCAUUUGAGACCUUGAAAUGCCUCUUCACCUCUGCACCCAUCCUUAGGCAGCCAGAUCCUACCCUUGCUUUUGUUCUGGAGGUGGAUGCAUCUGAGGUCUUUUCCAAGAAACUGUCACCCGCUGAGAGGAACUAUGAUGUCGGGAACUGA